GAUUGGACAGGCUCGCGCAAAGGCACUAGGCCAGCGAAUGCAAAACGCGCCGGGCUAGCCUGACACCCCGCAGUUUAGCUUGGUGCAAGAAGCGUAGCAAAAGAUAGAAUGAUCAUUUUCGUUUAGAGCCCCGAAUGGGUUUGAUUGUAUGACUACUGUGCGCGUUUAGCCGCAAGGUUUAUUGGGUACAAAGACUGCGUUCCUCCGCUGCUGGCCCAGUACUGCUGGGGUGCCAGAAUAACGCUCAAAAUCGAGCAAGGCCAUUUUCGUCAUAGCCGCUGGUCUCAGGUCGCUGUCUCAAAACGCCAAGUCUUAGCAGGGGCCGACCAGUGAGACUGAGGAACAAUACAAUACAAUAUGCACUGUUUAAAUAGCUUUGUUUUCCCUCACAGUGUGUCGGGCCAGGGACAAUAUACUGAACGCAAAGAGAGACGAAAAAAGAAGAGCCAAAAUAAAAGAAAGAGCAAAGACGUUUCUAGUCGGGGGUCUGGACUCUUAUUGUCGAAGAAUGGAGACACUGUACCAUGUGUACGGCUCGCCCUAACCUCCGAGGUGGCCGUUUGCGCUGGAAGCAGGCUUACCGACCCUACUGAGAGAAAGAGGAGGAGUUGGAGGCAUCAGGCCAUCAGGGAUCGAGCCGCUCAUCAUUGCCACUGCCGGAACAACAGCGCCGUGACGCAGCUAGUAAAAAAGGUCCGUCCAUCGCUUAAUUGUUACUCUCCGUUUCUGGACAGUCCGUUGGUUGUGACUUGUACGGCGCCCUGUUUUAAAAUUGAGACAACUCUCUUGGUAUAUGCCUGCAUCCUUCUUGGCUGCCGAUCUGCUUAGCGGCUGACGACGGGCAUCAUUGCCAUUUUGUAUUGUCGAUUGAAG